AUGAUGGUCCGCAAGCCAUUUCACUCUGCCAGAGGUCAGGCUGCACCAGCGGUUCCUUAUCCAGUCACGCCUUCAUCACCCAUUGCAAGAAGCUCGAAGCUACCAGCUUCUCCUCGUGAUGUGCAAUCACAAGAGUUAGCUGAGAGAGCAACAGGGGGUAUCAAUGCACCUAAUCUUGCCGAUGGCCCGCGACGCCCCGUUGAAAGCACGAUGAAUCAUGAGCUACCUCCUCCGCUGAGAGUGGGCGCAGGACUCGCAGGCAAUGGUGAUACGCCAUUAAAUGGAGGCUUGCCAUCUACGUUACAAGUUGGAUCCGCGGAUGCCACACCGAGGACCUCAUCCGAAAGCCAGAGGUCCAACGGCUCAGCUAGACAUAUACGUUCAGAUCGUGCCAGUACUACCGGCCAACCUAUCCAACGGAGACAGCGAUCAUCUUCCAGUAAUCCAUUUCGCCGCAACAACGAUUACAAUGGAAAAGCGCCAGAUCGGCCCAACUACGGCGGAGAGAGCAGUGCUGAUGUUUGGGGUGAGGGCCCAAAAACUGACACAAGAGAUCCGUUCACUGAGCCGUGGAUGGACUUCAGUCAAUCGCCAGAAAAGCAGCCCCAGCCUCAGUUGGAUUCUGAAUCUCAUCUUGCGGAUACCAGACAAAACCCCGGAUUCGCAACAAACCCAGCGCCAGUCUCAAAUGAGAGCAUGAGGCCCUACCAGCAAGCUUUGCAGUUCGAAUCUCAAGCUGUAGGAGCUCCAGAGGUGGAUGUACGCCCAUCAGUGAAUCAAGACAAUCAGCUAGGGCAGAUGCCAGGUAGUGGAGAAAGACUUGCGGACCCUUCCUACAACGUGUGGGAUGACGCAAGACCGACCUCCGAUGUUAUCAAUCACACUCCUAUUAAUGACUCCAACGCCCAGAAAAUAUUUUCAGAAUUGCCAUCAAAUUUCUCACAACCAGAGAGGCUACCCCCGCAACCUCCAAGGCCUCCAAAGACUCUCGAUAACAGCGGGAAUGCAGCAUCCACAACAGAAGUGCAAAUGCCUCGGGAUGAGUCUAUGAGACCGAACAGAGCCGGCGAAAGCUAUCAGAUUCGGCUGGUCAAUUGGUACGAUGCUUCGUCUCCUACUAAUCCGCGACGGUCGCCCAUUAUGGUUCAAAACGCCAACGGCCCUUGUCCACUUCUUGCGCUGGUCAACGCCUUAGUACUCACGACUCGGUCUGAUGUAAGUACGGCCUUGGUAGAGACGUUGAGAGUUCGUGAGCAAGUCAGCCUAGGCCUCUUACUUGAUGCUGUCAUCGACGAGCUCAUGUCCGGCCGAAGACGUGGCUCGGGCGGGAUUUUGCCUGAUGUCAGCGAGCUUUACGCUUUCCUUGUCACACUACAUACAGGUAUGAACGUGAACCCACGUUUUGUCCCUUCAGAACAACUCACAGUCAACCUGAUGGAUGCUCCACUUGACAUGCCAACGAGCUUGCACGAGUCUCGAAAAGCCGGAGGGUUUGAGGACACCCGAGAGAUGAGGUUUUACAGCACCUUCUCAAUCCCUUUGAUUCAUGGAUGGAUCCCUCCGAGAAAUCACCCCGCCUUUGCUGCUUUGAAGCGUACAGCAGAGACAUAUGAGGAUGCACAAAAUAUUUUGUUUAGAGAAGAGGAGCUGGAAGAGAAACUCCAGCGACAAGGCCUCAGCCCGGAAGAACAACUGAUCCUCGAGGAUAUUGCCAGCGUCAAAUAUUUCUUGUCGUCUACCGCAACUCAGCUUACUGGCUACGGCCUCGAUACGGUUACCGAGACCCUCGCGCCAGGCUCUGUCGCGAUAUUAUUUCGCAACGACCACUUCAGUACACUAUACCGGCAUCCAAAGUCGGGUCAGCUUCUGACCUUGGUGACCGACAUGGGGUAUGCCGGUCAUGACGAAGUCGUCUGGGAAAGUCUAGUAGACGUCAGUGGUGAAGGCUGCGAGUUCUUCGCAGGCGAUUUCAGACCUGUGGGUAAUGUCGCUGGAGACACCCAACAGCAAGCGACAAGCAACCAAGCAGAAGAUGACUCGGGGUGGACGACAGUGGGUAGUCGAUCUCGACGUGGCCAACAAUCAAGCAGAUCUGAUUCUAGUUUACCGGCUCUUGAUACACUAAACAUCAAUGAUAGUCAUCCAAAAGUCGUAUCUGCAAACACCGAGCAAGAGGAUCACGACUUGGCCCUCGCCAUGCAACUCCAAGAGGAAGAGGAGGAGCGGGAGCGCCAAGAGUCUGCCAAACGGAAACGUGAUGAUGAACUCUCCCAAGCAUAUCUCAAUUCCGCAGACUCGCAAGGUCGCCGUACCUUCCCAGGUUUCGGUCGCGGCGCUAGCGCAAGUGGUGGCGGUCCCAGCCCUCCUCCUCGUGGCCGUGGAAGUGCAAGACAAGCACCAACGAAAUCGGCCAAUGAUGAUGAAGACGCGCCACCGCCUACCUACGAGCAAGCUGCGAAUGGUCCAGCAUAUAUUCCUCCAUCAAACCACCCAGUACAUCCAACCGCUUCGCCAAGCCCUGGUGGCAUCCCGUCAAGACCAGGACCUAUGUCGGCGACGAGGCCAAGGCAUUCAUCGAGUGCGUACAUCGAACAUGCUACUUCGUAUGGACAUUCGCCUUCGUAUGGACCUUCACGAAGAGGCCACAUGCCUCGAUCCUCAGCCUCUGGAACGGGAAGAGGAGGUAUUGCUGGGGUGGAUUGUGCGCCUGGCGUGGUUCGGAGACGGAGUGGUGCACCCGGCUCGGCUGUCUCGCUGGAGGGUGAUAAGAAGGACAAGGACUGCGUUAUAAUGUGA